UCUGGUCACUCCAGCGAACUCCACACCACUCUCUCUCCACAGCUGGACUCGCAGCUCCGACUCUCGCUUCCUCACACUGUCCGACAAUUAUCCGAUCUGUCACACGGCCAGGUGGGUCUGUUUAUCUGACACUGGACAGCGGACACUGGACACUGGACACCGGACAGCGUUCCUCUUUCGUUUGGGAAAAGGGAGCAGUUUUAUUUUUUCCCCAGCCCUCCAAGGAAUUUUUCUCAUCUGUGUAAUCCUGAAGGGAAUUCUGUUGGGAAACAUUCUGCCCUGAAUACACGGACAUAAAAGAAUCUUGAAGGAGUAAAACUUUCACCAAAACUUCUACUAAAGUUUCCUGUUGUUAUGAUCCCGCGGGUGGAAUAUAACCCAAGAUCGGACAAUCUGAAGAAGCAUUUCGAGGAAGAAUUUGGGGAUCUUACAAGAAGAAAAGCUUGUGUUGAUAUUUCAUCGGGGGAUAAGUGCGAGGAGUCUGACUUGUGAUCUGAUCAGUAAUCUUCUUUACAAAGCGCGACGCGUUUUGAAUCUCGACUCUGAAGGGACUUCUUUUUUCAAUCACCCGGACAGAAAAGUUUAUUAGAUUAGUUUAUUAAUUUCAUUUUUUUUUUCAAAUAGUUGCAUUAAAAAUAUAUAUAUUUAUAAACAUUUUUUUUUUUGUGGUUUGUGGUUAACAAUUUUAGCUAUUCGAAACAAUAAUAAUAAUAAUAAUAAUAAUAUUAGCGAUGGCUACCACGGGUCUACAGCUUCUAGGUUUGUCUCUCUGCGUCAUCGGCUGGGUCGGGGCUAUCGCGACAUGCGCUCUCCCGAUGUGGCGAGUCACGGCAUUUAUCGGCAACAACAUCGUGGUCGCGCAAACCAUCUGGGAAGGUCUGUGGAUGAAUUGCAUCGUGCAGAGCACCGGGCAGAUCCAAUGCAAAGUGUACGACUCCAUGCUGGCGCUGCCCAGGGACCUGCAAGCCGCCCGGGCGCUCACCAUCAUCUCGGCGCUGAUCGCGAUGCUCGCUCUCAUGAUCGGGAUAGUCGGGGCGAAAUGCACCAAGUGCAUAGAGGACAGCCCGCUCAAGUCGCGGGUCAGUUUGAUAUCGGGGUCUCUGUUCUGCGCGGCGGGGUUUCUGUAUCUGAUCCCCGUGUGCUGGACCGCCAAUUCCAUCAUCAAAGAUUUUUAUAACCCGCUGGUACCGGCCCCGCGUAAAAGGGAGCUGGGUCCGGCGCUGUAUUUUGGCUGGGGCACGGCCGCCCUGCUCUUUCUCGGAGGGGCGCUUCUCGUCAGCGGCGCCCGCCCCGCUUCUGGUCCCAAUUUCGACAGCGCCAGCCGGCACAGCAGCCCGACCAGAAACGCCCCGACGCUUCCCGCAGAGCGAGUGAAAGGCUACGUGUGAACAAAAACGUUCAAAUAACAACCAAAAAUAGAAAAGGGGGGGUUAAAACAUUGGAUACUGAACGGGGAUAGUCAGUUACGAUACAAAAUCGUUAAUCUAAACACGACCAGCCUCAUCAAACUUAAUAUUUCACAAAGUUUAACUUAACUUUCAAUGGUGCUAAGAUCUGACAGAGAUUAAUGUAUUUUAUAGAGAUUUAUUUAUGUAUACAUAUAUAAAUAAAUCUCUUAAUUUUUUUAACUUGUACUGUAUAAACUCUACUAAAGCCUAUUAACUCUUGUUUAUAAUAUAACUAAUGUAAGGGAGACCAGGGUCGCUUGUCACAUGCUAACACUGAAAUUUUGGGCUCUGUUGUCUGGAAGUCAAACCAGCUUGUAAUUAGGCUGUGACAAAGAGCGACCAGAAUUAUUCCGGGUUUAAAAGGCAUGUCAUAUGCAGACAGGCUAAAAGAAUUGAAUCUGUUCAG